UACAGGUCGUUUGAAAUAGGAUCUCCUCGUGUUUUCUUCUGAAAGACUGUCGUUAGAAUUAGUUAGUGGUGACUUGUAUAUCUCUCUCCACCUCUCCUGGUGCUAAGCUAGAGUUGCUACCGCCAGAAGAGGAUGGGCCCGCCACCAGGAAGCAAACGGUCUCCGCCGAAGAAGAGGAGCUCGACAACUCCGACAUCAAUAAGGUCGCUGGAACAUGACGCACUCUGUAUCAUAUUCUCCUACCUCGGUCUCUUCGAUGUCGUUCGCUCCUCUGCCGUUUGCAAAUUCUGGAAUGAGAUCAUAAAAAGAUCGAAGUUACUGCAAUUACUCUAUUUGAAGCAACAAAGAAGAAGUAGCAGAAGUGAUUUUUCAGAGGAAUCAUUGAAUGUGUAUUUGGAAGAGUUAGCAAUAGAGCACCAAAGGCAAUCUUUAGUACAAGGUUCUCUUCACAUUGAUCAAUGGAAAGGGCAUUCUCUUGGGGUUGACCAGUGCCGUAUGAAGAGGGGCUUGGUUCUUACCGGUGUUGGUGAUAAGGUUAUGCGUCUCUGGUCACUAGAAAGCUACAAAUGCAUAGAAGAAUAUUCUAUUCCAGAUGGAGUCCCUCUGGUUGACUUUGAUUUUGAUGAGAGCAAGAUUGUUGGUUUGGUUGGUACACGAAUAUGCAUAUGGAGGCGCAAUGGGCAGAGAAGUAUAUUCCCCUCACGUGAAGGCCAAUUCAUGAAGGGUUCAUGCAUGCGUUACUUUGAUCCAGAGGCUGUGGUUGGAUGUGAAGACGGGACAGCUCGUGUGUUUGACAUGUACAGUAAGAAAUGUUCUCGAAUCGUUAGGAUGCACACUGAACCUGUGACUUGUUUAUCUUUAAGUGAAGAUCAAUUAAUUAUUAGUGGUUCCUCUCUUGGAAGAAUCGCAAUAUCUGGUCUUUCAUCUGACCAGAGGGUGGCUACUCUGAGACCCACUGAUUCCACAGGCAUAAAGAGUUUGUGUUUCAACCCUGUUUCUCAUCAAGUGUUUGCUGGAACUACUGCUGGAUAUGCUUCUUGUUGGGAUCUUAGGACUAUGAGACAACUUUGGAAAACACGGGUGAGUCCAAAUGUUGUAUAUUCUUUGCAACACAUGCGUAGCGACACUUCAACACUGGUAGUUGGUGGAAUUGAUGGCGUGCUGCGUGUUUUAGAUCAGAACACUGGAGAAGUCCUUUCAAGCUAUGUCAUGGACCAUGGCACCUCGACAAGUUCUGGGUAUACUCAUGGAGUAAUAGAAAGGAAGAUAGGAAAGAGGCUUCCUUAUGACUACAACAUUGACAGAAUCCCUAAAACUGUUCGACCUCCUAUCACAUGCUUGGCUGUUGGGAUGCAGAAGGUCAUCACGACACACAACAUCAAGAACAUCAGAAUGUGGAAAUUCAACAAUUUGAGGGAACUAAACUAGCAGUAUUGUCAGACAAAUGAUAAUGACAAAGAAUGAUUCUACAGUGCCUUCACAUGAAUGUUAAACAAACAGUGACAAAAGAAGAAGAAGAAGGGUGUUGAUGCUGUGAAUGGAAAUGGUCAAGGCAAUCCGGGGUCUCUGAUCCAUCAUUAUUCUCUCGUUUUGUCCAGCAGCUUCAUAUCAAAGGAACGAAAUGCUUGCUUAUGUGGAGGUUGACUGUCCUGGAAAGUUGAGUGAUGCAAAUGAAUUACUUUGCCAACUCUUGAGCAAUUUUCUUGUAUGUCCAAGUAAUUUCUUGCCGGUAAAUCCCAAAGUGAUGGGGAUGCCUCCCGGCCAACAGUUUCAAAACUUCAAUGUUUUCGAGGAUGAUUUGUGUUGUAAUUAUUUUUAUCUGUAAAUGAAAGUAAUUCAGCGCAUGCCUUUGACUAGUUAGAGUGUUUGUAACAUCAUUUAAUAAAAAUUUGAAUUUUUUUCUUGUUAAAAA